GUUGGCUAUUUUCCUAGAAUUUAGAUAUAUAGAAAAAGUUUUUGUUUACAAACGUCCAUUUCCCAAAAUUCUAUAUUUGUAAACUAAUCGGUUUUGCCCAAAACAUGGACGAAUUUAAAGUUCCGAAUGCGAUUCCAAAACAUUUCCCCAAGCCCGCGGAAGAUAAUCAAACCGUCGAACAGCCUCAAAGCAAGACCACUGACGAUAAACCGCAAACAAAACCUACACCUACUUGUCCCUAUGUAGAGCCAAAAUGGUCAGCUUGCCCCCCCGAAGAGAACGAAUACAAAUUCGAAGUCCUUAAAACAGGACAAAUUAUUGAUGAGGUGAAAAAUUUGCAAGAAAAACCAUUCUGGGUAUUCGGACGGUCUCCCGGUAACGACAUCGAAAUGGCUCAUCCCACUGUGUCCAGAUUUCAUGCGAUUUUCCAAUAUCGACCGAAGUUGGAAAGUGAUGAUACCGCCGAAAAUAAGAAGAACGUCGAAGAGGGUUGGUAUAUUUAUGAUUUGGGCAGCACGCACGGGACGUUCCUCAAUAAAAUGAGAAUCCCGCCAAAAGCGUAUAUCCGGGUGAAAGUGGGUCAUAUGUUAAGGUUAGGUGCUAGUAUGAGGAGUUACAUCCUCCAGGGGCCGGAUUUCGAUCAGGAACCCGAGUCCGAGAUGUCAGUGACUGAACUCAAGCAGAUGCGCAUCAAUGCCGAUGAGCAGAAAAAAGUUAAUGCUUCAGUUCAGUUGGAAGCUAUGGAAAGAGAGGACAUUACCUGGGGAAUGGGAGAGGAUGCUGACGAGGAAACCGAUUUGUCAGUGAAUCCCUAUGCAAGUACCAAUAAUGAGGAGCUCUUUCUUGAUGACCCCAAGAAAACACUUCGAGGGUAUUUUGAACGAGAAGGACUCGAUCUGGAGUACAAAUGCGAUGAGAUGUCCGUUGGAAGCUUUGUUUGUCGUAUCGAAUUGCCUGUGGACGAUUUGAAUGGAAAGCAAAUUGUUGCCGAGGUUUGUCACAAAGGAAAGAAGAAGGACUGUGUGGUGCAGUGCGCAUUGGAGGCGUGCAGAAUUCUCGACAGACAUGGUGUCCUUAGGCAGGCAAAUCAUGAGCCUUUGAAACGAAAAAUUGUAAAAGCAGAUUCUGACGAUGAAGACGACUUCUUUGAUCGAACCGGGGACGUUGAACGAAAGAAGAUGCGGAAGUCAAAUCCAAGCACAAGUGUCACACUCACGUAUGAUGAUUUACUCAUUCAAGAAACAGAGAUUGAGAAAAAGCUUUCCGAAGUUAAAACCAAAAUUGAGGAAUAUCAACAACUUGCCAGACAAAUGAAGGAAGCCAAAAAUCAACAAAUAGAAGAUCUUGACACAUUCAUGGAAAAACUAACUGACACUGCAGCUUUGGAAAAGUCUGAUCUAUGGAAAUUACAAAUGGAAGAGAAACAAUUAAUAAUUGAUCAUAACAAAAUAAAAAGAUUAAUUCAAAUCGCCAAACCUAUUGAUCUCCCAGCAAUUAUGUCCACAGAUGCAGAACCUGCAAAGAAGACGAGACAAUUGCCAAUGGUUGGAAAACGCAAUCAAUUUUCAUAUAAAGCACUUAAACCUUUGAGAUUACCGCCUAAGGAAGGCUCGGCAGCUUCUGUGGCAGCAGCAUUUGAAAAAGAACUCAAAUCAGAUGAAGAAGAAGUCGAAGAGGAGGAGGAAGAAGAAGAAAAAUCAACUGAAAAUACUGCGAUCAAGAGAAAGGAACCAACGGAUAACAAUCUUCCAAACGACUCGGAAGAAGAAGAAAAGAAAUCUGAAAGAUUAUAUGGUCCAGCAUUUAUUCCAGACCAGUCGAUACCAUCACCGAAAGUGAUUCAAGAAGAAUAUAAGGAGGAUGAAAAGGCAGAAGGAAAAGAGGAAAAGACCGAAGAAGAAAAAAACCCAACUCCAUGCCAGGAGGUGGAAUCAACAGAAGUAGAAGAAGAAGCUGCUCAAGCAGUAAAGAGAAAACGCCAGCGACAGAGAAUAAGGGGAAAACGUGAAAACGUCGACAUCGAAGAUCAAGGCGAAUACGAGGACACAGAAAAAUAUUCCAAAUGGGUUCCACCAGAGAAUCAAUCCGGCGAUGGAAUAACGUCGCUAAAUGACAAGUUUGGAUACUAAAAAGUGUGUGUAUAUUUUUUUAUAGAAAUUAUUAUGCACCUUCCUGCACAACUUUUACAUACUGUGUUAUAAAAGUAAAAGCAAUAAUAAUAAAGUCAAUGAAAUUGUUGAUCGAAAUAAUUAAUCAAGCUUUCUCCUUUAACACUUUAUGAAUAACCCUCUUACACAAAAUUUGCAUUGACUAUUUUUGAUCAAAUAGAUUUUUAAGUAUUAUUAUAUAAAAGAUGUAAUUAUUAAUGUUGCUGCUUUACCAAAAUUGUUGGUAGUUGUGGGUAGUACACAAAUUUACUAUAUUCAGAAAAAUAAUAAAAACUAAAAUUAAUCCUUUUCCUUCAAA